AUGGCCAAACCUGGACUCACGGUUCCUGCAAAAAUAAGAGAAAGCACUCGCUAUUAUCCUUACUUCAAGGAUUGCGUUGGCGCUAUCGACGGUACACACAUUCAUGCAAUGGUGCCUACUAAUGAUGCAUCAAGCUAUCGAAAUCAGAAAGGAUAUACAUCACAAAAUGUUCUUGCUGCUUGUAACUUUGAUCUAGAAUUCAUAUAUGUCCUUAGUGGAUGGGAAGGUACAGCUCACGAUUCAAAAGUAUUAAGUGAUGCUGUAGCGAGAAGUAAGAGCAAGCUACCUGUUCCCGAAGAAACCAGUAUUGGUCACGAAGAAAACAGUAAUGAGGAAAAUGGAGAUACGGGAACUCUCCAAUCUCAGCAAAAAGAUUAUGCUAAUAAUUGGAGAGACACAAUAGCUGCUAAUAUGUGGGCAGAGGCUACAGGAACAGGGAGCAUGCCGUGAAGUUCUUGAAGGUUUUUAAAUUUUUUUAAAUAUUGGUCUUUUCUUUGCUUG